UAAUAUUGGUCGAAAGCGACUCCUUCAGCCAACCAUUUUAUUCAAAUAAUUUACGGAGAUGUUGGACACCACAGGGCGGUAGCCAGACCAGGAGUGCUGAAGUGUCCUUCUACCGCUACAAUUUUAUUAAAAUACCGACGGGUUUUUGGCAAAAUGAACAAGCUGGUUCUCCUGACGCUGAUGCUAUGUGGCAUCCACGCGGCUUCCGCAACCUCUCACUCUAUGAAGUUCUUCUACACUGCUGUCACAGCCGGUAUUGACUUCCCAGAGUACACUGCUUUGGGUUUGGUGGAUGAUGAGCCAUUUGUGCACUAUGACAGCAACAGCAGGAGGAUGAUCCCCAAGACUGAGUGGAUGAAGGAGAACAUGGGAGCAGAUUACUGGGACAUGGAGAGUCAGAAACAAACUGGUACUCAGCAGACCUUCAAAGCCAAUAUUGGAAUUGCAAUGCAGCGUUUCAACCAGACUCAGGGUGUGCACACUGUGCAGAGGAUGUACGGCUGUGAGUGGGAUGAUGAGACCGGGGACACAGGAGGGUUUGAUCUGUAUGGAUACGAUGGGGAAGAUUUCGUUAUUUAUGACAUGAGAAACGAGCGUUUCAUUGCACCGGUGCAGCAGGCGUUUAUCACUGCACAGAAAUGGAAUUAUAACCCAGCUCAGCUUGAGUCCUUGAAGCAGUACCUGACCCACACCUGCGUUGACUGGCUGAAGAAGUACGUGAGCUACGGGAGGAGCGCUCUGGAGAGGACAGUUGCUCCUAAGGUCUCUCUGCUGCAGAAGGACCCCUCCUCUCCCGUUACCUGUCAUGUGACCGGAUUCUACCCUCGUGGCGUCAUGGUAAUCUGGCAGAGAAACGGAAAGGACCUGGAUGAGGACGUAGAGCUGGGGGAGACGGUGCCCAACGAGGACGGAACUUUCCAGACCACAUCUCACCUGACAGUGAAGCCUGAGGACUGGAAGAGCCAAAAGUACACCUGUACUGUACAGCACAAGAGCCUGAAACAGGACAUCGUUCUGCCUGUCAAAGAGGAGAACAUCAAGAGGAACAGCGAUAUCAAGAUUGCUCCUGAGGUCUCUCUACUGCAGAAGGACUCCUCCUCUCGUGUUACCUGUCAUGUGACCGGAUUCUACCCCCGUGGCUUCAUGGUAACCUGGCAGAGAAACGGAGAGGACCUGCAUGAGGACGUAGAGCUGGGGGAGACGGUGCCCAACGAGGACGGAACUUUCCAGACCACAUCUCACCUGACAGUGAAGGCUGAGGACUGGAAGGGCCAAAAGUACACCUGUACUGUACAGCAAAAGAGCCCGAAACAGGAAAUCGUUCUGCCUGUCAAAGAGGAGAACAUCAAGGGGAACAGCGAUAUCAAGAACGGCAGCAGCCCCCCCAUGGGCAUCAUCAUCGGCUGUGUGGUGGGCGCUCUCAUCCUCAUCCUCGCCGUCAUCGGUGUCCUCAUUUGGAAGAAGAGAAGCUCAGGCUACAGGACGACUAACACCUCAGACACAGGUUCUGAGGGCUCUGACCGGCCUGCAGUAAAAGCCUGAGAUCUCAGUAAAGACUGCGUAAUGCA